AUGAGACAACUGCAACCUUGUGAACACCCUUUUUGUUCGACUACAGCUCUCCCAAACAUUCCUCUCAAUGCCAGAUGGACACAGAACGGUGUCACCAUCGCUGGAGGCCACGGAAAAGGCAAUGCAUCCAACCAACUCGGGUACCCUUCGGGUCUCUAUGUGGAUGAUGAUCAAACUAUCUUGAUCGCUGACGAAUAUAAUCACCGUAUUGUGGAAUGGAAGUGUGAUGCCACGAGUGGUCAAGUGGUGGCCGGUGGCAAUGGAAAAGGAAAUCGAACUGAUCAGUUGGAUCGACCAUUAGAUGUGAUUGUCGACAAAGAGACAGAUAGUCUCAUAAUCUGCGACGAAGGGAACCGACGAGUGAUGCGAUGGUCUCGUCGAAGUCGAACAAGUGGAGAAACAAUCAUCGAGAAUAUCGAUUGUUGGAGCUUGACAAUGGACGAUGAGAGAUUUCUCUACGUCUCUGAUCGGAAAAAUCAUGAAGUGAGACGAUAUCGAGUAGGAGAGACGAAUGGAACAGUGGUGGCAGGUGGCAAUGGACGAGGUGAUCGUCUCAAUCAACUCAGCGGUCCUUGCUACGUCUUUGUCGAUCGAGAUCAUUCUGUCUACGUGUCGGACUGGAGGAAUCAUCGUGUGAUGAAGUGGGUCAAGGGUGCGAACGAAGGAAUUGUUGUGGCUGGUGGUCGAGGUGAAGGGAAUGCUCUGACGCAAUUGUCGAAUCCUCAAGGUGUGUUCGUCGAUCCGUUAGGCACAGUCUAUGUGGUAUGUGCAGACUACUGGAAUCAUCAACGCGUGUUAUGCGUCGAUCCGUUGGGCACAGUCUAUAAGGCAGACUACGGGAAUAAUCGAGUGAUGCGUUGGUGCAACGGAGCGACACAGGGAAAUGUCAUUGUUGGUGGAAAAGAUGCAGGACUACAAGUAAACCCGUUGGACUAUCCCCGGAAUUUGACAUUCGAUGGACAUGGUAAUCUCUAUGUCGCCGACUCGGGGAAUCAUCGAGUUCAACGAUUCUCAAUCGAAGCCAGUUGA